AGUACUGUCGCUGGAGAAGUAUAAGCAUUAUACGCGCCAUACGUGCCAACCGUGCUGUACAUACGUAUAUAUAUAUAUAUAUAUAUACGCUUUCAUAUGUACAUGCUUACAUAAACUUAUGCGUACGUGCGUAUCUGUUUGUCGAAGGCGUAGUACACCAUCCUGUGCCAUCAACUUUUUGUCGAUCACAACAUUGGAGCAGCAACAAUGGAUAUGGAAAUCAAAGAUUUCGAUAAGUUUUCUGGAUUUCGAAUUAACUGCACGAAGGAUUUGAUCGUUAAGGGAAGCAUAAGUGCCGUGGUGGGGAUGAUACUGGGGAUUAUGUGCUCGCUUAUAGUCAAUUGCACGUUAGUUGAGGUUUCCCUGUCGAAGUUUUUUUCCAUGUAUUUCGGUAUACUAUUCAUCAUAGUUGGACUAAUAAUUUUCUGGCGGUUGAAUGCCAAUGUAACGGACGAAGCAGAAAAUAGAAGAAGCCAACUGAUGAUAUUGGCGGGACUGAUUGUUUUUUCAGGAAUUCUGUGCCUCUUCUUCGACCGUUCUUGGCUGUUUUCCCUGUCGUCCCUAUCCAAAGUCCCCAUUUACUGCAUCCUCGGAAUUAGCAUUUCCUUCGCUUUGACAUUCAGCUUAAUAGAUUUGAUAAACUACCUGAUCGGGUUUAUCCAGGGGUCCAUAACGAGGCCGCUGAUUGAGUCGGUAGCGCAGGUGUACCUGAUUCUAUUGUUCACAAUAACAAUGGGAGGGAUAUUCGGGUUCAUUUUUGGUUUGCUGGACGUAGAAGACGAAUCCUCCCACCACAUUCGCUUGGCCCUGAUGAAGGCGGAAAAUUGUUGCUUCCCCCUGGGAGCCGUUCUAGGAGGAAUAGCCGGGUUUGGUAAUGAAGUUUUCAGGCAACAAAGCGAAGCCUACAAAAUUGAAAACGUUACCGAGUUUGAUGAUGAAGUUUGA